AUGAGUGACAAAUGUAGAAUUUGUAAAACCAAAGAAAAUGAAAUGUUCCAGAUUUUUGAAGACCGGAGUACAAAAUUCAAAAUAGUUAUAUCAUGUCUAUUGAAAAAGCUAACAGGUCUAAAUAUUUCUCAUAGAAAUGGAUUAUUGACACGUAUUUGUAAUAAUUGUUUGGAAAAGUUGGAAAACGCUUACGAAUUUCGUGAAAUUUGCAUAAAUGCAGAAAAACAAUUGAAGGUUAGAAAAAAUAAUCAUGCAAACUCUGUUAACGAAAGUAAAAUCAAAUGUGAAGACGACAAUAACAAAACAACAACCACAAAUAAUGAUUCUAAUAAAGCAGCAAAACCCGACAUAUUAUCAAGCACUGUAAAAUUACCGACAAUUACUACAAGUAAACUACAUUUGUGUAACGUUUGCGGCAAAGACUACAAAUCAAAACGAUCCCUCAUCCACCAUCUACUAUCCCACAACAACAUAAAAAAAUUCCCUUGUUCCUUCUGCGACAUCAAACUAUGUUCCCAAUACAGUUUGCAAAUGCACGAACGUCGUCACACCAACACCAAACCUUACAUUUGUUCCUACUGUGGAGAAAGAUUCAGAACCAGCGGCAGUUUAUUAAUGCAUAGCAGAAAACACACCGGGGAACUUCCUUAUGUUUGCACCAUGGACGGUUGUAACAAGGCUUAUCCGCAGUCUAGUGAAUUGAAAUUGCAUAUUAGAAGCACACAUACGGGUGAAAGAAAUUUUCAGUGUGAUUCUUGUGAUAAGAAUUUUUUGACUAAGCAGCAUUUGAAGCAGCAUCAUGAACGGAACCAUGAACCUAAGCCGGUGGAAAGGAACUUUGAGUGUCCUGUUUGUUUGAAUAAGUUUUUCCAGAAACGGUCGGUUACUAAGCAUUUGAAGAAUGUUCAUAAGAUUAUAAGGAAGAAUUUGUUUAAUUAG